AUGUCUCUCCAAUACAGCAAGGAAAAGGACGAAACUGAGGAUUACGACCCGGGCUUUAUCUCUUUCUUCAACUCCUUGCCACCAAAGUCUCCAGAAACUGGCACCGUGCGCCUCUUCUUACGCAAAGGCAGCCCCGACGACUACUAUGCCGCAUACUCCGCCGACGCGAAAUACAUAGCGCAACAAGUAUUCCAUACAAACUCGGUCCUCAAGUACCUAGGCGCUGGUGCACGUGCAGAUAAAGGGCUGGCCAGCGUCACUCUCAAGCCGACACUUGCGGCUUCGUUUCUGCGUGAAGCUCUCACCAGCAAGCAGCUGCGCGUCGAGAUAUGGGUGCCCGAAACCGCCGGUCGGAAGGUGUCCAAGUUCCGACUGGACAAGGAAGCGUCCCCGGGCAACUUGCAGCAAGUCGAGGACAUGCUGUUUGCCGAUACAGACAUUAUAUCUGCACCGAUGGUCAUGGCGCUUAAACUUGCCAACACUGCACCCGUGCCCGGCGCAUCCGCUAAGGAACGCAGUCGCACGAUCGGCGUCGCAUUCGCUGACACGAGCGCGCGGCAUUUCGGCGUGGCUGAUUUUGUCGAGAACGACGCCUUUUCAAAUACGGAAACCCUCGUUAUUCAACUGGGUAUCAAGGAGGCGCUUGUGCCGACUGGGACGCAGUCGGGUAAGACGGACCGCGACAUAGACUUGAGGAAGCUCAAAGAGGUACUCGAGCGUUGUGGCGUUGUGAUAACCGAACGGAAACCGACGGAUUUCAUGACCAAGUCCGUCGCGGAUGAUCUCAAACGUCUGCUCGCAGACGCCGGAUCUUCCUCGUCCGCCGAUGCUUCAACUGUCAUUCCCCAACUUUCACUACCGACUGCGCCAGGCGCUCUCAAUGCUGUCAUUCAGUACUUGAGCCUCACAACUGAUGCCUCCAAUCAUGGUGGAUGGGCAAUCCGGACUCAUGAUCUGAGUCAGUAUAUGCGAUUGGAUGCCAGCGCUCUCCGCGCCCUAAACCUUGUGGACACGGGUUCAGGCAGCGGAAUGAAGAACACGACGCUACUUGGUCUUCUGAACCGUUGCAGAACAGCGCAGGGUACACGUAUGCUCAGCAGCUGGCUCAAGCAGCCCCUAGUCAACCUUCAUGAGAUCUUAAAGCGUCAGGACCUGGUUCAAGUCUUUGUGGAGCAGUCAGACUCGCGCCGGACGCUCCAGGAGGACUUCAUGAAGCUCAUGCCCGACUUGACACGUAUCAGCAAACGCUUUCAGAAGGGCGCCGCGUCACUUGAAGAUGUAGUUCGCGUGUACCAAGCCGUCCUCAAACUUGCUGGACUUACGGAGGCGCUACGCGCAAUCGAGCACUCCUCUGAUCGCGCCAAGGAACUCAUCGAAGAGACGUACCUCGCUCCGAUGAGGGAGUACAAUACCUCGUUGGACAAGUAUGCGGAGAUGGUUGAGCAGACGCUAGACCUAUCCGAGCUUGAGAGGCAUAAUUAUGUGAUCAAGCCAGACUACGAUGAUCGGUUGAAGGAGCUGGCGAAGAAGCUUACAGCUGUAAGGGAUGGGUUGGACGAAGAGCAUGCGAACGUUGGCGAUGAGCUUGGGCUCGACCUCGACAAGAAGCUGCAUCUGGAGAACUCACAGCAGUAUGGCUAUUGUUUCCGCUUGACGAAGAACGACGCUCGUGUCAUCGCGAACAAGAAGAAGUACGUCGAGCUUGGGACGACGAAAGCCGGCGUCUAUUUCCGAACAACAACGCUGCGGGACCUCGCGGAGGAGUAUAAGGACAACACAGACGCAUAUAGUCGCACUCAGGCUGGUCUUGUCAAGGAGGUUGUAUCCAUUGCAGCGACGUAUACACCGGUUCUUGAAUCGCUCAACGUUGUACUCGCCCACCUGGACGUGAUCCUCGGACUGGCACAUGCAGCCGUGAACGCGCCAGAAGAGUAUAUCAAGCCCAAGAUGCUUAACAAAGGCGCAGGCGACUUCAUCUUGCGCGAUUCGCGUCACCCGUGCCUUGAGGUACAAGACGAGAUCAGCUUCAUCCCGAAUGACAUCGAGAUGGUCAAGGGCACCAGCGAGUUCCAGAUCAUCACGGGCCCAAACAUGGGCGGUAAAUCAACGUACAUCCGUCAAGCAGGCGUGAUCGCGCUCAUGGCACAGAUCGGCUCGUUCGUGCCGUGCUCGAAAGCGCAGAUACCCAUCUUCGAUUCAAUCCUGUGUCGUGUUGGCGCUGGUGACAGUCAGCUGAAGGGCAUCUCGACGUUCAUGGCUGAGAUGCUUGAGACUGCUACCAUCCUGAAGUCGGCAACUAAGGACUCGCUUAUCAUCAUUGACGAGCUCGGCCGUGGCACAUCGACGUACGAUGGCUUCGGUCUGGCAUGGGCCAUAUCUGAAAAGAUCGCAACAGAGAUCCACGCGCUCUGUCUCUUCGCAACGCACUUCCACGAGCUCACAGCCUUAGCCACGGAGGUUCCACACGUAACGAAUCAACACGUCGUCGCGCACGUCGACUCUGCCGGCGCAAAGCAACAGGACAUCACACUGCUGUACAAGCUCGCGCCUGGACCGUGUGACCAGAGCUUCGGUAUCCACGUCGCGCAGCUUGCCAAUUUCCCCGAAGAAGUCGUACAGCUCGCACGGCGCAAGGCGGCUGAGCUCGAGGACUUUGGAGGUGCUGGUAAGGAGGGCGAUAUGGACGUGGACAGCCAACAGGAGUUGCCGGAAGAGGUUGUGGAGGAGGGCGUGAAGCUCGUCGAAGAACUGCUCAGGAAGUGGUCUGCUGCGAAGGGCGCGGAUGGAGAGGAUGUGGUUAUGGGCGAUGAAAGCGAGGAGGACGUUGAUGCGCAGUUGAAGGAGCUUCGAGCGUGCUUUGAAGAGGCGGGACCGAGAUUACAGGAGAAUGCUUGGGUGAAGAACUUGCUCGCGUCGCUAUCAUGA